AUGCCCGUCCUACGCCCGUCCUAUGCCCGUCCUACGCCCGUCCUACGCCCGUCCUACGCCCGUCCUACGCCCGUCCUACGCCCUUCCUAUGCCCGUCCUAUGCCCGUCCUACGCCCGUCCUAUGCCCGUCCUAUGCCCUUCCUAUGCCCGUCCUAUGCCCGUCCUACGCCCGUCCUAUGCCCGUCCUACGCCCGUCCUACGCCCGUCCUACGCCCGUCCUACGCCCGUCCUACGUACGUCCUACGCCCGUCCUACGUACGUCCUACGCCCGUCCUACGCCCGUCCUACGCCCGUCCUAUGCCCGUCCUACGCCCGUCCUACGCCCGUCCUACGUACGUCCUAUGCCCGUCCUACGCCCGUCCUAUGCCCGUCCUACGCCCGUCCUACGCCCGUCCUACGCCCGUCCUACGCCCGUCCUAUGCCCGUCCUACGCCCGUCCUACGCCCGUCCUACGCCCGUCCUACGCCCGUCCUAUGCCCGUCCUAUGCCCGUCCUACGCCCGUCCUAUGCCCGUCCUAUGCCCUUCCUAUGCCCGUCCUAUGCCCGUCCUACGCCCGUCCUAUGCCCGUCCUACGCCCGUCCUACGCCCGUCCUAUGCCCGUCAUAUGCCCGUCCUACGCCCGUCCUAUGCCCGUCCUAUGCCCGUCCUACGCCCGUCCUAUGCCCGUCCUAUGCCCUUCCUAUGCCCGUCCUAUGCCCGUCCUACGCCCGUCCUAUGCCCGUUCUACGCCCGUCCUACGCCCGUCCUAUGCCCGUCAUAUGCCCGUCCUACGCCCGUCCUAUGCCCGUCCUAUGCCCGUCCUACGCCCGUCCUAUGCCCGUCCUACGCCCGUCCUAUGCCCGUCCUAUGCCCGUCCUACGCCCGUCCUACGCCCGUCCUACGCCCGUCCUACGCCCGUCCUACGCCCGUCCUAUGCCCGUCAUAUGCCCGUCCUACGCCCGUCCUAUGCCCGUCCUAUGCCCGUCCUACGCCCGUCCUAUGCCCGUCCUACGCCCGUCCUAUGCCCGUCCUAUGCCCGUCCUACGCCCGCGCCGGAAGGAGUAAUUAGACACAGUGAGCACGACAUGGGCGGGGGAGGGAUAUAG